GAAAGCUUCAAUGGAUGUCGAUCGAGCCAUGAAGACACUUAUGUCGUAUAUGGCGAGGGAUUGGAGCGCGGCCGUGGAUAAGCGAGAUCGCAGGACGAUGUUGCAUAUAACGAAGAUCUCCAGGAAUCUAUCGAUAACAAGCACCUUGAUGGCUUACGGCGUAGUGAUAGCCUACGUCACGUUUCGAUGCAUCGAGAUCCAACAGACCGGUUGUCGUCAGAUGCUCUUGCGCGCGUACUUCCCUUACAACGCGACCGAGAGCCCGCUGUACGAGUUGACUUUUCUGGGACAAUACGUGGCCAUCACGUACGUGGCAACCAGUUACGCGGCGGUGGACACUUUCAUCGCCACUCUGGUGCUUCACACAUGCGGCCAGCUCUCGAAUUUACGCCACGAACUAACGAAUCUACACGCUUGCACGAGAGCGGAGUUUCAAAAGAAGUUGGGAAAUAUCGUGAGGAAGCACAUACAUCUCAACAGAUUUGCAGAAACGAUUGAAGACUCUUUCAACAUGAUGCUCCUGAUGCAGAUGCUCGGAUGCUCCAUGCAACUCUGUUUCCAGUGUUUGCAAGCGUUCAUGUCAGUGAUAGACGAAGCAAAUGAACUCUUCGUCUUUCAAUUCACCUUUCUGAUGAUUUUCGUGGUUUAUAUAUUACUGCAGUUGUAUCUGUACUGUUACAUCGGCGAAACACUGCUUGUCGAGAGCACAAAAAUAGCAGACGCGGCAUAUGAAUGCAGUUGGUACAAUUUGUCAGCGCGCGAAGCAAAAUCGCUCGUAAUCAUCAUGUGUCGAGCUCGAUCACCAUUACACAUCACCGCCGGCCGGUUCUGUUCUUUUAACCGAGAGCUUUAUAGCGAGGUUCUGAAGAGAUCUAUGGGUUAUAUGUCGUGCAUCUACGCGUUGAAAGGAAAAGCUUUCGAAAACUAAAUAAUUAAGAUAAGUAUUCACAUUGAUUGUUUAAUGAAACUAUAUCGACCAUGAUAGAGACAAAGUAUAUUUUCGAGAUAUUUGAAAUGCUCUA